UGUGACUUGUACGAUUUCUAACCUCUUCUUUCAAGUUGACCAAAUCAAUUGUAUUGUUGUAUUUACUGUAAUCUUUUGACAUUCAUUCACAUAUACUGCACGUAGUUUUAAAGUUGCACUGAAAGAAAUUUUUGAAAUACCAUGUUCCUGACAAACAUGCUGUUGAAAAAGGCAAAGAGCAAGCAUGUCUUAGUCCUUACACAAAGUGUUGUAACCGGUCAUCGGUUAGUGCGUAUCAGAGAAAGAUUAGCUGAUAAAUUAGAAUUUACAUACUUUGAUCCUUUGAUUCAAAAGGUCACAUUGUACAAAGAAAAGAGAAAAUUAUGUAGCUUAUAA